AAUAUCAUUUCUAUGUGGUUGAUUUUUAGACAUUGCAACUUUUAUUAUCUGUGUUAAAUAAGGGAAAAGCGUCUCCCUUCAGAUGCUUAAAAGCUCCCACAUUCAAAUUAAUCUUUUUCUUUCCAUGGCACCUCAGAGACCAGCAGGACAACAGUUGGGUGAACAAUGGUGGUGUGACCUCAGAGAAGACGUGGGCCCUCUCCCCGAACCCGCUCCUCCUUCUCCGAGGACUUUUUCGAGUCCAGAUCCUCUCGGACGCUGCUCCCCUCAGAGGGAGGUCGCAGUACACACCAAACCUGCAGUGCAUACCUCUGACACACAGUUCUCCUCUCACAGCAUUGGCAGAACAGCACCUCAAGCCCUCGGUAAAAGACAGUGGCCAUCCCUCCACAACCGAGAGGAAGCGGCAUCAUCAGCAGGAUGCUCACGUGUUAGGGGAGGAGAGGGGGGGGGAGGAGGAGAGCAAGAUGAAACAGUUGGACUGGUGAAAAGACAGCUUAUCACAAACCAGGUGAAGGAGAGAGUAAAUAAAGAGGAGGUUGUGAUGGAUAAAGGGGAAGAGGAGGAGCUGGGGAGUGGCAGAGGAGAUGGAGGAGCUGCAGGAGGAGAAGAAGGAGGAGAAGAAGGAGGAGGAGAACGGCUGCAGAGCUGCCCCAUGUGCCUGAUUGUGUUUCCUUUUGGGUUCACACAGAUGGACUGUGACGGCCACCUGGCCCAGUGUCUGUCGGAGAUGAACGUGGACAUGACCUGGUGAGCCCACAGGUGGCUGCGCUGGCUGCCGUCCAGGAGCUGCGAGCAGCCCAGAUGCCCCACGCUCUCCAGGAUCCCGUUGUACGAUGGACACACCCAGAGCACAGGGAGCGCUCAUAUUCAGUGAUGCUCUGACACCUUACAUAGGCCCCACACUGACAGAGGCACUCCUGCUGGGACACAAACAGCAUUCGGAUGUUACAGGAGAGAGGUCUUUUUGAGGAAUGUCCAUCUGGCUUUGGUCACAAUGACUCUGACUGCACCUCUCAGAGGACCCUGCUGUCAUUUUUCAUUUACCCUCUUGAGACCCUAGUUCCCACUACAUUUGACUCCACUUGAUCGUUUCCACUUGCCCCCUGGCAGCCUACCUUUGAUUCCAGCCAGUCAAGUCCCACAAACUUAAACAACAGUUCGACCUGUCAUCAUCUGAACCAGGUCACAUCCUCCUCAGAGAGCUACUUCAUAAGUCCACAUUCGACUGAUUGAUUGAAAGAUGCAGUUGUUUUUUCAGACGAAACACAUUUGAAUUAUAACUGCAUACAAAUAACCACUGACUAAUAUUAAGCUUAAAAAAGUUACAGACAUGAACUGCGGAAGAUGUUUGGAGAAUUUGGUCCGGACUUUGCCUUUCACACAUGAACAACACUGCAGGAAAUUGUCUACUCUGAGUGUUCAGAUGAGGGGUGGAGCAGUAGGCAGAGACGGGAUGGAACACCAGCUUCGGCUCUUAUCACCAAAAACUCUCAUGACAUCUAUGCGUAUGCCACCGCUUUUUCAUCCUGAGAUAUUUGUUAUCUUUUUGUUUUUAUUUUCAGUUUUACAUCUGUUGCAUGUUAGAAACGUCUUCAACGAGUGGGGGGCUCGCAAUUGCUGUGAAUCCUGGAGAGGAUCCCCUGCUGUGUUCUCACAUCGGCUCAUUCCGGCGAUCUGCAGAGUUGUUUCUCGGCCAGACUAUCUAAUUUUUGUGUUUUUUACUUACAUUUUUUCUGAUGGAGUGAAAAGAGCUGAGCGGGUUUAAGCUGUGGCUCAUUCAGCCCAUGUUCUUGUUACUUUGGAAAGUCUUCAUACAACCAGAAAGCCCAGAAAACAAGGAGAAACAUUCUGUGAUGUAAACAGAGUACAGAACUGUUGCUGGGACGUACUAUUCACCUUUGCCUAGCAUAAGGAAGCAGGUGUGAGCCAGGCUCCGUCCACAGGCAAGAAACACAAACAUCGCUUCAGCUUAUGAAGACGUUGUUUCUUGCUGGACCACAUGCAGCAUCAGUCGGUGUCGGUGUAACAGUGAGCGGGGCGUUAUUGUUUGUGUGCAGAUCAGUUCACGUGUUCAUCCACGACCUUUAGAGGUUCCCCUGCCCCCCCACAAUCUUUUAGCUGAGCAAUGCUGAAAAAGUCCAGACUCCAGCUAUGAACCGACUGAGACUGAUUCAUUGACCUUCUCUUGCUGCUCCCAGAAAAAUACCUAAAAUUUUUGAACGAAAUGUAUUGAAACCCAUUUAAACUGAAUUCUGUGUGUUCUGUGUGUAUUUACUCCAAGUCAACUCCACCUCAGAGGAAAGAGUCUCUGAUGAGCUCAUGCUCGAUGCCAUCAUUCCCACCCAAACAAAAAAACAUUCACACGCAGGAACAAUUUAGAUUUAAUCUGAAAAUAUUUUCAGAAUCAUAUUUCUGUCUAACUGCAAUACAUGUGAAGUGUAGAUGGUUAGGAAUGUGAAUACUGGCCUUGAUAUAUGCCCAGUAGAGUAACUGGGCUGCAGAUUUCCAACGAGAAUUUCUAACAGCUUAUUUUUCUCUGCAUCAAUAAAACACAGAUAAUGAUAUUGGAAGAUGACAAGUGGUUAAUGGCCCAUUGAAGUCUCCCUGUAUUAACAGAGUAGGUGCUGAUCAGAGGGUGCGCGCACACACAUACACAUGACCCCCCCCCCACACAC